AUGGAAUUCUAUGGCUUUCCCUGUAGCACCGCCUGUUCCCAGGAUUCCUUCCAGAUGCUGGGUUAUGAAUCUGUAACUGAAAAGAAGCUAGGACAAGCUCCUCCUAGGCUGAAGGUAUGUGACAUUCCCCUUCUUGACAUAUGUGAUUACAAUGUCUCAAGAGACCAGUGCAAGAAACUAGGAGGCUGCUUUUUAAAAGAAGUCUGCUAUGUAAAAGCUACUCCAGCUUAUGUUCAAGGACUUACCGCCUUGAUAAUUAUCAUCUUGGGAAUCUUCAUUGUCUAUGUAAUAUACAGAGUUGUACAGGGUAGAAAUAAAAAGUCAACUCAAAAGUUGUAUGGAUUGCAUCAAAAGAAGAAGAAAUUGAAGCCUGAGAGUACCACAAACAAUCAUGAGAUAUCGGAUGAAGAAGAAAAGAAAAUACUGACAGAGGACAGUAAGAAACCGAAGCGUGAGCUGUCUGAAGAUGAAGUUAUAUUGACAGUGCCAGCUCGGGAAGAAGAGUUGGAAUAA